AUGUUUUUUUUGCAACUAUUACUGCAAAUACCAGUCGUAACAUACUGCUUAAUUUGUAUAUCAGAGCAUAAAUUUUAUGAAGAAGGUAAAAUUCGGCAAAUUAAUCGAUCACAAUGCACAUCAUCGACCAAAUUUUGCGUAAAAGUACGUUAUUGGGAUAAAGACCCAUUAAAAAAACGUGGAUUUUCGCUUGGAUGUGAUAAAAUCGAUUGUGAGGAUUCGGAUGACCUUCAAGAUGGUUGGAAUUUGAACGGUUGUCGAAAAAAUUUGGAUUAUGGUACUGAUGGCGAAAUUUGUUGUUGUCGAAAUGAUUUUUGUAAUCAGUCAACUAGCUAUCGCCUAUCAUUUCUGAUAAUUCUCGCCUCUUUUAUGAUUAUUUUUAUUUAUCUCCAGAUUCUUUGA